AUGACAAUUCAUUGUAUGGAAGAUCUAUCAAAUGAAUUAUUUUUUGACAUUUUUGAUUAUCUUGAUGGUUGCGAUGUAAUAAAUGCAUUUUUCUAUCUGAAUGUUCGAUUUCGGCAUCUUAUUUUAACUUUGCCUUUGUUAUUCAAAAUCAAACUUUGCCCGGAAGAAAAAUCAAACGUCAAUGGAACUCGGAAACAAGUAAUAGUACCUUACAAACACCGAAUACUUUCACUCUAUCUAGCGGAUUCUUUAAUCAUCAAUCGAUUUUUCACAAUCUAUCCAAUCAGUUCAGCGUUUGAACGACUUGAAUCACUUAAUCUUCAAUUGAUCAGAAAAGAUCAACUUGUUUUACUUGAAACUUUAUCUAUUCUAACUCGUCUUUUUCGAUUAAUUAUUCAUUUUACAGACGAUACAAUGGAUCUUAGCGAUAUUUAUGGUUUCAUUGGCAAUUUACCUGUAUUAGAGUAUAACAAAAUCUCUAUACUAUUUGCAAAAUUUGUAUCAUUUUCAUCCAAUAUUAUUAAAAAACAAUCCACUUCUAUAAAACAAUUAGUUAUUGAUUAUAAUUGCACAACCGAAGAUUUAUCUCAUACACUUGCACAUACUCCCCAACUCCACCGUUUAUAUCUCAAGAAAACAUUGAAUUCAUCCCAGCAUAUAGUUUCAUCACCAACUUUGUCCAAUUUAACACAUUUACAUAUCAAUAAAUGUGAUAUGCAUUUUGAUCAGUUCAAACUAUUGAUUGAAGAAAUCUCCUCACAACUACAAGUAUUGAAAUUAUUUACAUUGGAUCAUUCAUCAUAUCUGGAUGCGAAUCACUGGGAACAAAUCAUUUCUCAUCAUAUGACGAAAUUACAAAAAUUCUAUUUUCAACAUCGUGAAUCUUCUGAUAAUAAUCAUCAACCGAAACCACAUCAUCAAUUAAUUAAUCAAUUUACUUCUUCAUUUUGGACUGAUCGGCAGUGGAUUUUUGAUAUUACAAUUAAUAAUCUAGAUUUUAUCUAUUCCAUUCAACCAUACAGGAAACAAUGGUUUGAAUCCGAUCAAUUCAACAAUCAGACUGAGAUACAACGUACAGAAAUAAAUUCAUCAAUUCAAUUCGAUAAAAAUGUCCAACUCACUAUUACACAUCGUUUUACACACGCAUGUCUUAGAUUAUUAACCAAUAAGAUUAAUUCAAUUUCAACUAUAGUCAAAAUAACUUGUCUUGAUAUUGACUGUAGUAAGAUCAUCAGAAGUACUUUGAUCAGUCUCAUCGAUCUAUUGCCUCAUCUUAACUCCUUAAAAAUUUCAUAUUUACCUUCACCGGAAAGACAAAGUAUCGUUAUUAUGCAAGAAAACAAAAAAAUUAUUAAAGUUAAUCUUGAACAAAUGUUUGAUAUAGAACAAAUUCAAUUUCUCAUCCAAUUAUGUUCAUGUAUACAAUAUUUGAUUAUCAAUUGUACUAGUGAUACCGAUCUUAUAUCAUACAUUCGAUCAAUUCUCAAGUCUUUCAAAUAUCUUCUUCAAUUAACUCUAAAAAUGCCAUCGGUUUCUAAUACAAUAGUAGCCAGAAUACAAACAUUGAUCAAUAACGAAUAUCCUCAUCAGUAUUCCACGGAGUGUCAAAACAAUCAAAUGAUUUUAAGAAGAAAUAGAUAG